CCCACCAGCGCACACCGUAGCGCACACAGUCGGUGCGAAGCGGCGGCGCUGGGAUGGGAAGCCCAUUACAGCCGCAGCGUCGCUUCCUCCAACAGCAGCGCCUCCAGCCGCAGCACUGCGCACCGCGAGAGGAGGAAGAGGAAGAAGAGGAGGAAGAGGAGGAGGAGGAGAAGGAGGAGCGCUCCGGCGGGCGGCGCGACUCCCGCACCUGCCACGCGCGCAAAAGCCUCGUUUGUCACGGGACGUCGUCUCAAACCCAACUCGGCACUUCAGUAAGGACGCCGUCCGUCUCGUCUUCCCCGAGGCAAGGGUGCCGGUGCAGCGCGUGUGAGCUCACGCCUUCUAGUCAUGGUAGUUCAUCCAGGCAACAUCACCACCGCCACCACCAUCACCACCACCACCACCGCCACCACCAUCCUCCGCAGCAGCCGGGAAGCCCGGUCGGCGAACCCCGCCGCGAAAUAGCCGCCGUCGCGAUGAGCGGCUGCAGAUACAACGGCGGCGUGAUGCGGCCGCUGAGCCGCGCCGGCUCGUCGCGCCGCAACCUGCACGAGUUCGACUCGGAGUCGCAGCCGCUGCAGCCCGUGUGCGCCGUGGACUCGAGGACGGAGAACCGCGUCAGCGCUCCGGUGCCGUACUCCACGGCGGACGGCGGAGGAGGAGGAGGUGGUGGUGGAGGAGGAGGAGGAGGAGGAGGCAAGCAGGGCAAGAAGAAGAACCAGAACAUCGGCCAGAAGCUUGGGCACCGGAGGGCCCUGUUUGAGAAGAGGAAGCGCCUCAGCGACUACGCGCUCAUCUUCGGCAUGUUCGGCAUCGUGGUCAUGGUCAUAGAGACGGAGCUUUCCUGGGGAGCGUACGGCAAGGAGUCGUUGUAUUCAUUAGCUCUAAAAUGCCUGAUAAGCCUUUCUACAAUCAUCCUUCUCGGCUUGAUUAUCAUAUAUCACGCCCGGGAGAUUCAGCUGUUUAUGGUAGACAACGCAGCGGACGACUGGAGGAUAGCCAUGACGUACGAGCGCAUCUUCUUCAUCUGCCUGGAAAUCCUGGUGUGCGCCAUCCACCCCAUCCCGGGCAAAUACACCUUCACGUGGACGGCGCGCCUGGCCUUCUACUACACGCCGUCCAAGACGGACGCCGACGUGGACAUUAUCCUGUCCAUCCCCAUGUUCCUGCGCCUCUACCUGAUCGCCCGCGUCAUGCUUCUGCACAGCAAGCUGUUCACGGACGCGUCAUCACGCAGCAUCGGCGCCCUCAACAAGAUCAACUUCAACACGCGCUUUGUCAUGAAGACCCUCAUGACCAUCUGCCCCGGCACCGUGCUGCUCGUCUUCACCAUUUCCCUGUGGAUCAUCGCCGCCUGGACUGUCAGGGCGUGCGAAAGGUACCACGAUAACCAGGAUGUAACCAGCAACUUCCUAGGAGCCAUGUGGUUGAUCUCAAUCACUUUUCUAACCAUCGGAUACGGGGACAUGGUCCCUAACACAUACUGUGGCAAAGGGGUCUGUCUCCUCACCGGGAUUAUGGGGGCCGGAUGCACUGCUUUGGUGGUGGCCGUGGUCGCAAAAAAACUGGAAUUAACCAAAGCCGAAAAACAUGUACAUAACUUUAUGAUGGACACGCAGCUGACAAAAAGAGUGAAGAACACUGCUGCAAACGUUCUCAGGGAGACCUGGCUCAUCUACAAGAACACCAAGCUGGUGAGGAAGAUGGAUCACGCCAGAGUCAGGAAGCACCAGAGGAAAUUCCUCCAAGCCAUUCACCAAGCGCGAAAAUUAAGAAGUGUUAAAAUGGAGCAACGGAAGCUGAAUGACCAAGCGAACUCUCUAGUGGACCUCGCAAAGACUCAGAACAUCAUGUACGACCUGAUCUCGGACCUGAACGAACGCGGCGAGGACACGGAGAAGCGCAUUGCCGAGCUUGAGACCAAGCUGGAGACGUUGCUGAGUAACCUGCAGGCUCUUCCGGGCCUCAUCAGCCAGCUGAUCAGCCAGCAGCAGCGUGACCUCCUGGAGGUGCAACUGCAGCCGUACGAGCGCUCGCAGUCUAUAUCUCGACGGCGCUCUUCCUCCACGGCGCCCCCUACGUCAUCAGAGAGCAGCUAGAGCCCCUCGGAGCGCAGAGACCCUUCGCCAUCAUAUGGCCGACGUGCAUCUUACUGUAAAGCCUUACGGCGUCUCGGUAACGCGUCUUCCGCAUCCUGACGACGGGGUGACGCAGCUGAAAUGGCGUACAGCUUUUUACUUUGUACCUCAAAGUUCUCUUUUUCUCAGUAUAAAAGGCGGGGCUGUCCAGAAAACCCCUCCUCACACACUCAUCAGGAGAGCAGUGUCACACAACCUCCAUGGCGCAAAAUAAUACUGUGCCAGAAUAGUGCUUCCCAAUGGACGUCCUGCUCUUCCUGUCUAUACGAGACUGUAUAAGACUGAGUAAUUCCUCAAACCAGCAGGUGUUAGACUUUUUUUUUUUUUUUUUUUUUUUCUCCCAUCCAGCAGUCAAUAGGGGACCGACCCCUGACCCCACCCACCCCAUCCAGAGCUAACAUAUAAAUUUACACACUGGAGGAGUAAAUAUAAUAUUUUAGGUUAGACACAUCAUUCUUCUGAAGGCGCCCCUUCCGAGCUAUUCUCUCCAGGGAGCCAAAUGAUAUCACCAAAUAAUUUUCUUCUUUCUCUCCCCCACCCCACCCCACCCCACCCCAAACAAAUGCAUCCAAAGCUACACUUGCACUUCUUAUGCACUUCAAUGCUGACUGACUAUUAUACGAAUUUUAUUUUGCUCUUUAGAACAAAACUAAAAACACAUUUAAUCGUUAGAUUAUGGCCAGAAUGUACGACGGCGUAGUCUAAAAGCGGGAUACGAUAGCAACUAAACGCCCCUCCUUAUAUUUAAACGGGACCUCAACCUGAAACUGUGCUUAUUUCCUAGAUAUUAGACCGCUGCUAUUACUGCUGCAUCAUUCUCAAACUCUCAAGAUGUUCUUAAAGGGAUAAUUUGGUGACAAAUCGAAUUCACUCUACUUCCUUCUCAACUGGUGUCUGAUAUUUACUUCUUUUAGUUUGGCACUGUCUCUCAUGCGUAAUCCCAGGAAGUCUUACCUCGUGCAAAAUCUCAUCAAAACUGUUAACCCUCGAGCUGCAUCCGAACACCGUAACGUUCCGGAGGCGGCCAUCUUGGAGGUCCGCAAGCCGAAUUUUCUCUAUUCAGCACACCUUGGUAUCAUUCCGCCCCAUAGACCCAAAGACCCGAAGGUGGGUUUCUACAGGGACGCCGGAUGUUAUACGAACGAUUAUAUGGUUCUACUUUGAGAUUACAUUUGAGAACAAGUAACAUUUCUGGAAUGUUAAUAAAUCGCUUAGGAGGAUCAGUGGGUAAAAAAAAAAACCUGAAACAAUAAUAAAAAUGUGAGUUUCCAAAUAAACGAAAACUGCAACUAUAACGUGCACCUGCAGUAAGAACGAAAACUAAAUAGAAUUUCGGAGAAUAGAACUUUGGUCUUUCGUAUUUUAAAUGUUGGUCGGUCUGACUUAAGAACAGAGGUGGAACGGCGUGGAUCCAUCAGUGUUCGCGAAUCGUAAAUGACCAGUAGAUGGCAGAGCAACGAUCUCGUAGCCGUGGAGCGCUAAUCGCGAAUUUUAAUACGUACAAUACGCCCAAUUUAACGUUUUUUUUUUUUUUUUUAGUAUGAUCACCGUGAUAUUAAAAACUGAAACGAUACCAAAAACUAAGUACAAACGUAAAGAUUUUCGAAAGAUAAAAAAACGCAAUCAAAUCUAUUUAUGCGCCAUUAAAAUAUAACUGAAACGAAAUAAAAAUCAAAUAAACUAGCAAUAUUUUUAAAAACUUGAAUAACCCUGAGCGGGUAGCGUUGCGGGCUUCAGAGCUCCAGCUGUGGUGGAACACACUUGUUAGUGUGAAUAAAAGGUUACGUAUUAGCUAUGUUAGCCUCGUAGCUAACAGUGCAAAACUGAAAAAAGCAAGAUCAGACCGCAUACAUCUUGAAUGAUUGGUUAAUUUUGGUGUAACUGGUUUGGUUUAAAAAUGUUGCCAGUUUGAUGUCUUACCAAACUAUUCCUUUAAUAGCAAAGUGCAUCUCUCUCUCUCUCUCUUUCUCUCUCUCUCUCUCUCUCUCUCUCUCUCUAUCUAUCUAUCCAGCAGCCGAGAACAAGGUGUCAGCUCAGUGUUCUGUUCGUCUCCAAAAUCUCAAUGAAACCCACAUUCACCGGAUGCUAUUUCUGGAUGUAUCACAUCUGUCUAAGAGCAGCAAAUAACUUUGUUUCGGAAAUGCCUAUUUUUAUACUCGUGAGGACAAGCACACCACCUAAAAUCCGUCUCUGUCGAAGAACACAACGCGAAAAACUUGAACCGUGGCCGAGAGCGUGGCUGGAACCAAAAGCUGUGAAAACUAGCGAGAGCUCGACUGACCCUUUCGACAGCUUCCUGUAGGGAUCCUGGAAGACCAUCCGGGCUUCUGUCUCAGUGUAGCAGUGUAAUACACUAACACUACUGUGACUUUCGACGGGAGGAAAAACUCCCCCGUGGGCGUUCGCGGAGAUUCACAGGUCACGUGACUGUCGCGAGCAGCCGUGGCUCACGGGACGGAGGAACAAUUUUCCACGCAGAUUAGGUCUAGUCUCAGACUACGAAACGGAGCGCGUCUCACGCCGGAGUUUGUAUUUCUGUCAGGCGUAGAUGAUGAUAAUCAGGCAAAGAUCAUCACUCAAGAAAUUAAACGCUGUCACGCAGCAAAAAUCCUAAAUCUGAAGGAAAUCCGUGCAAUGCUGUUAUCAAACUGUGAAACAUGAAAUUGGAUGAACCGAUGUACGUCUUGCUGUAUUUUUGUAUUUUUUUUUUUAGUUGAGUGCAAAAGUUUGCAUCCCCUAUGCACCUCUAUUUUAUAUGUCGUGACUCCGGUAUUAUUCUUCACCCAGAUAGACCCUUAUAAUACUAAGCUCAGGAUUUAGCUACAUCCUUAGAAUUUAAAAAAUAAUGACAUGUAGGUACCUCGUGUAUGAAGCAGUACAACACAACAACAACAACAACAAAACAACAAUUGUUCGAAAAGAAAGAAGUUUUGCCCCAAACUUGAUUUGAAGACAUUUGUAUAUUACAUGUGCGAGAGUUACAACUAGAGAUGCACCGAUAUUAAAUUUCUCAGCCGAUACCGAUAACCGAUUAUUCGGAGUGAUAUCGGCCGAUACCGAUAACCGAUACCGAGAGUUCUGCCUUCUAUACCUUCUUUUAAAAGAAUAAUAAUUAAUUCCACAAUUCUGAAAGAAAUGCAAAUAAAAUCUUUAUUCUCUCCAUUUCAACAAGUUGUUUCACGGUAACUGGUCUCGUAAACAGAACACACAUUACUCUAAUUAACAUUAACACACAAACUAAAUUCUCAAGAUUAAAGUAAGAUUAUUAACUUAUUCAAUGUUAUUUAUUCAUAUUAACAGAAUUAAUUGACUGAAAUUUGAAAAAAAAAACAAAAAAAACCCUCCUGUUAGGCUUCAUAUUCACUCACCACACACAAAAGCAUUUCUACUUCAUCAUUCAACAUCAAACUGGUCAUAUAUAUAAUAUCAACUUUUUUAUAUAUAUAUUAAUAUAUGAAAUGUACUGCUCUACAAAGAUUUUUUCUGUGCAAUAUAUAUACACUUUUUUGUCAAUUCAUUUAAAUCUUUCAAUGGUGUACUGGUGGUUAACUCAGCUUGAUUUGCCCUCAACCAGAGUGACUUACAUUUACAUCAUUCAUACAUCUGAGCCAUUGAGGGUUAAGGGCCCAGCAGUGUUAGCUGGGUGGUGCUGGGGUUUGAACUCAUGACCUUCUGAGUAAUAGACCAACACCUUAAGCACUGAGCCACCACUGCUCCUAGAGUCACAUAUAAUGUUGUGGAAAGUCCACGAGACGAGUUAGUUCCUGUUAUCGCUUACGUUAUAGCAAGAGUCUUUCCAUAAUAAACGUUAAAUAAAAGUCUUCUAACAAAAACAAAAAUCUUCACCACAACAAUUAUUACGUUUUCUUUCUUAAACAGCACAUUUAUUUCAAAUUUAUAUUCAUUUAUUCGCGUUACAGCCGGAACUACUUUCUGAGCCCGUUCCUGUUCGACAAAGCUAACUCAAACCUUCCGGCCAAUCAGAUCGAAGAAUUGAACUGUCCGUGUGUCUUCAUAUACUGUGUAUAGUUAUUAGAGAUGAAUAUUUACCUCACCUUCAGAGAGGGGGGGUGCAAACCUUUUAAAUAAUAUUAUUGUGUGUCUUUCACUAUUAAUAUUUUAAACAACACUGUUUGACCUUUUUGUUGCUUGUGACAACGAAGGAAAUUUUCGCACUCAGCUACAAGAACAAUUUGCGUCUCUUUAAUAUUUUGCUUUUUUUUCCCCCUCCUUAUUCGCUGUAUCAGUUUACCUCACAAUAAAGACUUUAUAUUUUCAUUUGUACAAAAUCAAACCGUUGAAAUGAUGCCAAAGUUGAACUCAGGUGGCUUAAAGGUGCGGUUUGUCACUUUUUAAAAGUCCUUU